AUGGAAUUCUCAAAUGAAAUCUUAUAUAACGAUAAAAAUUAUUGUCAAAAUCCAUAUCAAUUACCUCCUUGUCAUGCUCGUCAAUAUUUAAUGUGUCCACACUGUUCAUUUCAUCUUUGUUUUGAACAUGGUCAACAACAUCAAGAACAAAUUCAAAAUGAAACAUAUUUUCUUUAUAAUCGAGCAAAAAAUUUAGAAAAAACAAUCAAUGAAUAUCAACCAGUUCAAAUAAUAAUUGAACAAGUAUUUAAUUCCUUAAAUGAAUGGAAACAAAAAAUGUAUCAUUUUAUUGAUCAAUAUAGUGAACAAAUUCAAAUACAUAUUGAACAAGCACAAAAUCGUUUAAAUGAUCAAUGGAAUCUAACUAAAGAAGAAUAUUUACAUAUAUUAGAAAACUUUAUAUUUGAACCUAUGAAUCAAUUAUUAAAAACACCAAAACAAAUUCAUCCAGAUGAAAUUCGUCAUGUUCAUACUCGUUUAAUUUAUCUUCAAAGUCAAAUAACAAAUUUAUUAACAUAUCGUGAUCUUCUUCGUAUUAAUUUUGAUUCAUGUUCAUUAACUGGUGAUAUUAAUAUAUCUCGUGGUCAUUUUCCAAAACCAACAAUAAAUUCAAUUGAAAAUAUUCCUCAAUUAGAUCAAAUUAAUUUACUUUAUCGUUUUGAUACAUUAUCAACAGAGACAUCACCUUUAGCAAUCUCUUCUUCUCAAAUAUUAAUAACAUGGUUAAAACCAAGUACUUUACUUAUUUUUGAUAUUGAACAAGGUUUAAUUAAACGUAUCGAUGUUGAACCAUCAUUUUUAUCAAUUAAUGAUAUUAUCUGGUGUGAUUAUUUAAAUAAUUUUCUUAUUGCUGGUGCAGCUCUACAUACGUUUGAUAUAAAUAAUUAUGAAGUUAAACAAAUUUUCACACCACAAAAUCCACAAAUAUGGUCAAUAACUACAUAUAAGACAAAUUUGUUUAUAUGUUAUGUAAUGGGUGAAUCAUCACUUAUUGAACAUCGUUCAUUACCAUCAUUUCGUACAAUUCAAACAUAUACUCGUACACAAGUAUUACCAACGAAUUCAAACUCAAUUAUUGAAAUAGCUCGUUGUAUUCGAACAAAUGGUUCUCAUAUAGCAAUGACAGUUCGAAAUUUAACAACAUUUGAAUGGCGUGUUGAUAUAUUUAAUUUUCAUAUGCAACGAUUAUUUAAAGGUGAAAUUUUUGGAUAUGCAGCACAAUCGAAUUAUUGGUGUUGUUUAUUAACAUCUUAUCAAUUUUCACAUUGGUUAAUUAUAAAUAAUACAUCCGAACAAGAAACAUUAACUUUAAUUGAUAAACAUGCACAUAUUAAACAACAAAUUAAACAAGAAG